AUGCAUCAUGAUUGUUCACCUUCAAUAGUUCAUCGAGACAUUUCAAGCAACAAUGUGUUGCUUGAUUCAGAAUAUGAGGCUCAUGUUUCGGACUUUGGCACUGCUAAACUUCUCAGGAGGGGCUCAUCCAAUUGGACCACUCCUGCUGGCACAUUGGGAUACAUUGCACCAGAAUUUGCCUACACAAUGAGAGUCACUGAAAAAUGUGAUGUUUAUAGCUUUGGGGUCCUGACAUUGGAAAUAAUCAAGGGGAAGCACCCUGGUGAAUUCGUUGCCCAUCUGAUGUCUUCAACAACUGGACAUAUAGAAUUGAAAGACUUGUUAGACCAGAGACUUUCGCAUCCCACACAAGAAAUUGAAAAGAUCCUGGUAUUCAUCCUCAAGAUUGCAGAGGCAUGUUUACAUGUAAAUCCAGAAUCCAAGCCAACAUGUGGCCAACAAGAAGGUAGGCAAUAG